AUGAUUAGAAAUAUACUAUUUAAUAAUAAAAACAUCAAUAAUAUUAAAAAGUUUAGGGGAUUUUGUAGUUUAAGCGAAAAAUACGGUGGUAAACCAGUAGAUUUAGUGUUUAAUGUUCAAAAACCAUCACAUUUAAAACCAACCGAUAAUCAAAAUGUUAAAAAUAUUAUAAUUCUUCAUGGUUUAUUUGGUGCUGGUGGUAAUUGGAAAACCAUUUCACCUAAAAUUGCAGAUAAUACAAAUUGUAAUGUUUUUCAAGUCGAUCAAAGAAAUCACGGUAUUAGUCCACAUACUAAUGAAUUUAAUUAUAAAGUAAUGUCAGAUGAUAUUGGUAGAUUAAUCGAAAAAGAAAAUUUAAAUGAUGUAUCAAUUAUUGGACAUAGUAUGGGAGGUAGAGUUGCAAUGUUAUAUGCAUUAUUGUAUCCAGAAACUAUUAAUAAAUUGGUGAUUGUGGAUAUAUCACCAUCACAUUUAAAGAGUCACACUAUUAUGGAGUUUAGGGAAUAUUUGGAAAGAAUGGAUAGUAUGGAUGUAAAGAAUUUAAAAAAUAGAAAAGAAGCCGAGGAUUGGUUGGCACCAGUUGUACCAGAGAGAGGUGUAAGAUUAUUUUUAUUAACCAAUUUAAUAUUAGGUGAUAAUGGUCACUAUCAUUGGAGAAUCAAUAUCAAAGGUCUUUUGGAAAAAAUUGAUAAUGUUGCAUCUUUUCCAACACCAACAGAAAUUAGCGAAAUGUCAACAUCAAAAACCAAUAAAUAUACCAGACCAACCUUAUUCAUAGCAGGUGGUAAAUCUCAUUUCAUACGUGAUCAAGAUACUCAAUUAAUUAAUUCAUAUUUCCCAAAUUAUGAAUUGGAGGUGGUUCCAAAUGCAGGCCAUUGGGUUCAUGCCGAAGAUCCAAAAACCUUUGUACAAAUUGUUUCAGAUUUUAUAAAUAAAGAUAAUUAA